UUAAAAAUAAAAUAAAAAGAAAUAUAAUUUAAAUUUGGAAAUAAGAAAUUGACAGUGAUUGUUUUGUUUAACAAAAAGUGAUUUUUAUUAGAAAGAAAGUGAAAUUAAAAAUUAGUUUCUUACAGAGCUGAAGUACAAAGUGGGAACAAAAAAUUAAAAAAAAAUCGUAUUUUUUAUGUGAAUGAAAGUGAAAUCGUAAAACGGAUAUUAUGUGAACUAAUAAUAUGUUAGACUAUUAAAAACCAAAAAUGGCGACAGAAAACGGACAUGUAAAACUACAAAACAAUGCGGAGCCAAAAGAGAAAGUGGACCUAGAAAAAGAUUUUCAAAACUCACAAAAAAUCAAUGAAAAAGCAUCCGAAAUAUCAAACAAAGUCGAUGAAGAAUCUAUAUUAUCGGAAAGCGAAAAGAACCGUCUCGACCAAAUACCCUAUAUCAAAAACGUUGACGAUAAAACACCUAAAAAUAUUGUCAUAAGCAUUGACAGUUCAGAAGGCGGGAAAACUGACAGUUCAGAAACAAAAUUGGCGCCAAGUAAAAAUGGCGGAUUGGCUGAAAUUGGAAAUGAUCUACUUGGUGUGCCAAGAAAUGGGCCGAGAAUGUCGUUUAUGGAGGAAGAGAGUGCUCGAGAGAGAAUGAGAGUGUCUCUACUGAAGCAGUGUUCCGCCAUCUUGAAGCAAGGUGAUCAGAGAUAUAAUAAGGAUAGCCUGCAUCGCACUUUCCAGGAUGAGGAUCUUCUGGAGCGCGUCUUCCGCCUGUUCGACGUGGACCGACGUGACUACCUGGUGCAGGAGGACUGGAUUGAGUUCCUCAAGGAAAGACUCGCAGAAGAGAAGCAGAUAGAGUUCGUGGAACAGGUGGAGAGUGUGGCAUAUGUGCUCUGUGGGAGUGGAGUGAUCUCCCUCGACAUAUUCCAGCAUAUAUUGCAGAACAAAGUGGUGACCAACAAACUCUUCAGGGUUGUCGACAAAGACGGGGAUAACUACGUCACAGCUGAUGAAGUCAUGGAGUUCCUAUCCACUGUCACGAGCAGCAGAUCGCGGGCAGGCUUCGACCGGCACAGCGUGGACUGGCUGGAGGAGCUGUUCAGGAACACCGUGGGCGACCAGCAAGAGAUCACUAGAGAGCAGUUCCAGAGGAUAGUUGUCUCUAAAAAUCCAUUCUUCACGGAGCGAGUGUUCCAGAUAUUCGAUGAAGAUGACUCGGGGACCAUAUCUCUUCAAGAGUUCAUUGCAGCGAUGCACAGGUUCGCGGGACAGACACCUGAUGAUAAGCUGCGGUUCCUCUUCAAAGUUUACGACUUAGAUGGUGACGGCCUGAUCCAACAUCGAGAGCUGCAGCACGUGAUGCGAGCCUGCAUGGAAGAGAAUGGCAUGCAAUUCAGCGACGAACAACUCCUGGAGCUCACCAGUGCCAUGUUUGAGGACGCCGACACUGAGAAUCGUGGAGCCAUCACGUACGAGGCGCUGAAAGCACAGCUCAACAACCACGGUGGACUGCUGGAGAACCUGUCGAUUAGCAUAGACCGUUGGCUGGUGCCUCCGAAGCCAGAACCAAAGCCAACCUCCUUCCUCCACAAGCUCGGCAAGCUCAAGCCGUACCAGCUCUCCCUGCCCUACUUCAGAAACAACUACGUCUUCGUCAUCUAUCUGGCCAUAUUCUUCCUCGUCAACAUUGGCUUGUUCGUCUCCAGGUGUAUUGAGUAUCGGGAGUCUAAUGGGUUCGUCAUAUUGGCUAGGGGAUGUGGACAAUGCUUAAACUUCAACUGCGCCUGGGUGCUAGUCCUCAUGCUACGGGGAUGUCUAACAUGGCUGCGAGCUCGCGGCCUCAGCUCGCUACUACCGUUGGACCACCACAUAUAUCUUCACAAGCUCACUGGCGUUCUCAUUGUGCUCUAUAGCGCAGUGCAUACCCUCAUGCAUCUUUGUAACUUUAGUCUGAUAGUUGUCAACGACCCAGUGAUCAACGCAAAUAACUACACGGUGUACGAGUGGUUGCUGACGGAGCGGCCGGGCCUGUUCGGUUUGGUGGGUGGUUGCGCCAACCCGACUGGCGUCGCGCUGCUGCUGAUCCUCGCUGUCAUGUUUAUCUGCAGCCAGCCCUUCAUACGGCGCGGGGGGAGCUUCGAGAUAUUCUACUGGACCCACUUGCUGUACGUGCCGUUCUGGCUGCUGGUUAUCUUCCACGCACCCAACUUCUGGAAGUGGUUCGUGCUGCCAGGAGCCAUCUACAUUGCUGAGAGGAUCCUACGGCUCGCCUGGAUGAGGUCUGAACGCGGCAAGACCUACAUCUCGUCGGGCAUCCUGCUGCCCUCCCGAGUGACCCACCUGGUCAUCAAGCGCCCUCCACACUUCGACUUCAGAGCAGGAGACUACGUGUUCGUCAACAUCCCAGCCAUCGCCACUUACGAGUGGCAUCCCUUCACCAUCAGCAGUGCUCCUGACCAGGAAGAGUAUAUGUGGCUGCACAUCAGAGGCGUGGGUGAGUGGACCAACCGUCUGUAUUCAUACUUCGAGGUGCAACAAGCUCGGCUGCAUGCUGGGGAGGUCUCUCCUCAUCUAUCUGGUGAAAAUGGACAUGACACCCUAGCCCGCACCAGCUCCAACCAGAGCAACAAAAGCAAACGCAAGGGUUCCACCGGCGGCAAGAAGCGCUCCGUCGAUUUCUCUCCUGUCGCCUACACCAACGAGGCUUUUACCAUCGAAGAGGAGAAGACUAACGGGGACUUUAAAGCCCUAUCCCCACCACCGCGCAUCGGUCGCAGCCCUGGUCUUCUGGCACCUCUCUCAGCUAAGUUCUUGGAGAAGUCACGCUCCAUGCCUGAUGUUCACAACAAUGCGAAGACCAAACAGCGGCUUAUGGCCCUGCGCGACUACAUGCGCUCCGAAUCAGAGAACAGUUUCGACCAAUGCGAGAUGCGGCGAGCUCACCUGAAGGCCUUAGGACUGGCAUACCGGAGUCCUCAAAACAAGUCCUUGGCCCAUAGCUUCCGCUACAUGAGAACCAAGCCCACCAUCAUCGCGUUCAAGACUCCAAGCAUGGAGGACUGCGAGAGACGACGCAGUAACGAGAGUAUUUUGACUAUUGCCAGAAGACGUCUAUCAAAGAGUCUAUCCCCGGACAAAGACUUCGAGGGUCUGGGCGAAAGACCAACCAUCACAGUGGUCAGCCCGUCGGAAGCGUCCACUGUGGAAUCCUUUGCCAACUACCCCGUCGGGAAACCUCUUGAGAUCUACCUCGACGGCCCCUACGGCGCUGCAUCAUCCCACAUAUUCAGAGCACAACACGCAGCGUUGAUAGCUGCUGGCAUCGGAGUCACGCCCUUCGCGUCCAUCCUUCAGUCGGUGAUGUACCGCUACUGGAGCGCCAGGACCACUUGUCCCAAAUGCCAGCACACUUGGGCCAAGGAUCUGCCGCAGCAUAAUAUGAGUUUGAGGAAGGUGGAUUUCUUCUGGAUCAACCGCGAGCAGCGUUCGUUCGAGUGGUUCGUGUCCUUGCUCUCACAAUUGGAAAUAGAACAAGCGGAGUUGGGGGGAGCUGAGCGGUUCUUGGAGAUGCACAUGUACAUCACCAGCGCGCUGCAGAAGACUGACAUGAAGGCUGUCGGCCUGCAGCUCGCCUUAGACCUGCUACAUGAGAAGGAAAAACGCGACCUGAUAACCGGGCUGAAGACAAGAACCAACGCAGGUAGACCGAACUGGGACAAAGUGUUCCAACAGCUCCAGGAGCAGCACAAAGGCAAGGUGACGGUGUUCUACUGCGGGCCGCCGCAACUGGCUCGCAUCCUGAGGGUGAAAUGUGACCAGUUUGGGUUCAACUUUAGGAAGGAAGUUUUCUAGAACAGCAUCACGAUUCACUCCUAAAUCUCCUAAAAAAAUCUAUUAUACUAUAUUAUUAAGUAUAUUAUUAAGUAUAUAAACAAGUAAAUAAUAAAGAUCAUUUUGUACCUAUUUAUCAUAACACAACACAUAACGCCCAUAGCCCAUAACGUGUGUCUCAGCACCACCUUGGUCUAACAGUAAGAUUGGUGAGGUGUAGGUACUUAGUUCAUCUUGCGAUGGAUGUACCUCUGACAACCCCAAUUGGGAUAUAGUCGUGAGCAUUUGUUAUGUCCAAACUUGAACUUUAGAGCCCAAGCCGGGAUUCGAACCCGUAACAUUACGAUGCGAGUCACGAGUUCUCCGAACUGGGCUAUCACGGAUUCCAUGGGUUUUCUAGCAUACUUCCAUGAAUUCUUCGCUUCCUUUUCCAGCCAUAGUCAAAGCUUUCCGAGACAAAUCUAAAUGCAAUACAAGUUUUAAAAAAAUGGCCUUCUCCUUUUGUGAACAGCGACGUAUUGAAACAGCCUACCACUAUAGUUACUGUUUAUACCCAGUGCUUUUCUUGAUAAAUAUUGAGUAUAAUAAUUAUAGUGCCGACACCUGGACACACCAAUUUAAUUUUAAUUUAGUUUGACAGUACUAAAACUUCUUUAUUUCUGUCUUGCACUCCUCAUCAGUGAACGACAGCAAUAAUAUUUUUAGAGCUAUCAAAUUUAAAAUAAAAUUAAGUUUUAACUAAUACCUACUAGAAUCGGAACUAUUGUAAAUUUAAAUUAAUUCAAUUUAGUUUUUACGUUUUAUUUAACUAAUUUAUUUAUGUUUUUCCACUUAAAUUAUUUUAGAUUCAAUCAAUUAACAUUAAAAGUAAUAUUUAAUUUGAAUAAAGUUAGUUAAAUUAAAUCCUAUUUAAAUAAAGAAAUAACACUAGGCAGGCUAGGCAUUUAUAUUUAUUUAUAGUCGGAACAUUUCAUCCUAGCUACUAGCUGUAACUAUGAAUGUACCUAUUUAAGUUAUAAAUAUUAUAAUUAAUUUG